AUGGAUCAAUCCACCGACGGCAAAGCAGAAGCUAUAGAGAGAAGGGCACGGAUGUUGAAACCGCUGUUGGAGCGAUUUGAAUCCGAUCAGCGGCCGGUUGUAUUGUUGGUCUGUGGCUGCGCUGGCUCCGGUAAAUCGACCCUCGCCAAAGCCAUCGUCGACAAACUUCCAACAUUCAAACGCGUCUCCUUUGACGGCAUAGUCGCAUCCAACCACGGCCUCUACGGCAUCGAUUACCCAGAGGAAGACCACGAGAAACUCUCCGACGAAGCAGACGUCGAGUUCUCUGAGACAGCUAAGCGUCUCCUAGCCAAAGGUGAAGACGACAUCGUCCUAGACCGUGCCUUCUACGCCAAAAAGGACCGGGAGGCGUACAAGCAGCUCGCCGAAGACCACGGGGCCAGAUGGCUACUCGUGUAUCUGACGGCUCCCAAGGAUGUGCUCUGGCAGCGGAUCCAAGAGAGGAGGGCGGCUGAGAUGAAUGCGGAUUCGGCGAGGAUAAUAAGUAAAGAGUUGUUGGAUGAGUUCUAUGAUGGAUUCGAGGUCCCUGUUAGAGAGGGGGAGCUUGUUAUUGAUACUACCGCGAGCUUUGCGAGUUUUACCUUUGGUAUUUAG